AUGGAGAUGGCACGGGACCAGGCAGCAUUUUGUCCCAUUGUGUAUGGAAUCACGGGCUUACUCAACAGCAUCGACAGAAGUAUUCCCGGGCCCUCAAUCCGUGAGAUCUGCGCUGAUCCCCAGUUCAUUGUUGGAGGAGCCACCCGCACAGACAUCUGCCAAGGCGCCCUGGGUGACUGCUGGCUGCUGGCUGCCAUCGCCUCCCUCACGUUGAAUGAAGAAGUCCUGGCCCGAGUUGUUCCCUUAGACCAGAGUUUCCAAGAGAACUACGCGGGCAUCUUCCACUUCCAGUUCUGGCAGUAUGGCGAGUGGGUGGAGGUGGUGGUGGACGACAGGCUGCCCACUAAGGAUGGGGAGCUGCUCUUCGUGCACUCGGCAGAGGGGAGUGAGUUCUGGAGCGCCCUGCUGGAGAAGGCAUAUGCCAAGAUCAAUGGGUGUUAUGAAGCACUCUCGGGGGGCGCCACCACCGAGGGCUUUGAGGACUUCACCGGGGGCAUUGCUGAGUGGUAUGAGUUGAGGAAGGCCCCUCCCAACCUGUUCAAGAUCAUCCAGAAUGCACUGCAGAAAGGCUCUCUCCUCGGCUGCUCCAUUGAUAUCACCAGCGCUGCUGACUCGGAGGCCGUCACCUUCCAGAAGCUGGUGAAGGGGCACGCGUACUCGGUCACCGGAGCCGAGGAGGUUGAAAGCAACGGAAGUCUGCAGAAACUGAUCCGCAUCCGAAAUCCCUGGGGGGAAGUAGAGUGGACCGGGAAGUGGAGUGACAACUGCCCAAACUGGAACACUAUUGACCCAGACGUGAGAGAACGGCUGACCAGGCGGCAUGAAGAUGGAGAAUUCUGGAUGUCCUUAGGUGAUUUCCUGAGACACUAUUCCCGCCUGGAAAUCUGCAACCUGACCCCCGAUACGCUCACCAGUGAAUCCUACAAGAAGUGGAAGCUUACCAAGAUGGAUGGGAACUGGCGGCGGGGCUCCACCGCAGGAGGUUGCAGGAACUACCCGAAUACUUUCUGGAUGAAUCCCCAGUACCUGAUCAAGCUGGAGGAGGAGGAUGAGGACCAGGAGGACGGAGAGACGGGUUGUACCUUCCUGGUGGGUCUGAUCCAGAAGCACCGGCGGCGGCAGAGGAAGAUGGGCGAGGACAUGCACACCAUCGGCUUUGGCAUCUAUGAGGUUCCAGAGGAGUUCACUGGGCAAACCAACAUCCACCUCAGCAAAAACUUCUUCCUGACGAACAGAGCACGAGAGCGGUCCGACACCUUCAUCAACCUCCGCGAGGUGCUCAACCGCUUCAAGCUGCCUCCAGGAGAGUACAUCCUGGUGCCAUCCACAUUCGAACCUAACAAGGAUGGGGACUUCUGCAUCCGGGUCUUCUCUGAAAAGAAAGCUGACUACCAGGUUGUUGAUGAUGAAAUUGAGGCCAACCUUGAAGAGAUUGACGUCAGUGAGGAUGCCAUUGACGAUGGAUUCAGAAGACUGUUUGCCCAGCUGGCAGGGGAGGAUGCAGAGAUUUCCGCCUUUGAGUUGCAGACCAUCUUGAGAAGAGUUCUAGCAAAGCGCCAAGAUAUCAAAUCCGAUGGCUUCAGCAUUGAGACUUGCAAAAUCAUGGUUGAUAUGCUGGAUUCGGAUGGGAGUGGGAAGCUGGGGCUGAAGGAGUUCUACAUUCUCUGGACAAAGAUUCAGAAAUACCAAAAAAUUUACCGGGAAAUCGACGUUGACAGGUCUGGUACCAUGAAUUCCUAUGAGAUGCGGAAGGCACUAGAAGAAGCAGGUUUCAAGCUGCCCUGCCAACUCCACCAAGUCAUCGUGGCUCGGUUUGCAGAUGACCAGCUCAUCAUCGAUUUUGACAAUUUUGUUCGGUGUUUAGUUCGACUGGAGACACUAUUCAAAGUGUUCAAGCAGCUGGAUCCCGAGAACACUGGGACGAUAGAGCUCAACCUGAUCUCCUGGCUCUGUUUUUCUGUACUUUGAAGUCACAGUUCAUCUGCUUUACGGCUUUUCAAGACAGAAAACCAAGGACUAAGCUUCUGUAGCGAAAUACUUUUUAUAUGGAUCUUGAAAUUAUGGAAGCACUUAUUUAAACUGAUUACUAUAGCUGACAAUAAUGAUAGUCUGAGAUAGCAGAAUUUACAGAGAUCAACAUAAAAGAUUUGCAUAGCAUAAUA